AUGGAGAAGACAGAUAGAGAAACUCGUGAUUUCAUGAACGUGGAAUCCUUCUCUCAGCUACCCUUUAUCCAUUCACCACCACCUAAAGAAAAGGCCAUUAGGCUUUUCGGCAAAGAAUUUGGAGCUGGUCAUGAUAAUUCCAUGGCUGCAACUAAGGAAUCAGAAUCCAUUGAAGCUGACAACAAUAGUAGUGAAAGCAGCCGGAUAUUUGAGUGCCAUUACUAUUGUAGGAAUUUCCCAACUUCACAAGCUUUCGGAGGACAUCAAAAUGCACAUAGGAGAGAAAGGCAGCACGCUAAAAGAACUCAUCUUCAAUCCGCAAUGGUCCAUGGUGCUUUCACUGAAGGAAAUAUUUAUGGCAUGAUGAACUAUCGUCCAACAGCUAAUUACCAUCAUACAUCAACAUGGGUGAAUCAGCACAUGGCUAGUACUAGAUUUUAUGGAAGCCAUCAUACCCCUUAUUCUCAUCAACCUCCGCCUAUAAAUGGAAGUCCUUUAGCCUUAUGGAGGAUCCCACCAGCAGCAACUUCUUCAUCUUCUUCUUCUAACUUUGGUCGUGAACGCUCAAUUAUACAGUCAUUGCCAAUCUUUGCAGCUAAUGAGGAUUUCAAGCCUUCUCCAAUCAUCAACACUACUUCAACGUCUCAAAGAGGUUUCCGAUAUGAAACAAAUCCCGGAGUUCAAGAUUAUGUGAGUUUAGAUCUACACUUGUGA